AUGUCAAACCAACGUCCGUUGAAGCGGCAGCGCAUUUAUCGUGCAUGUGAUCAAUGCCGUCGACGCAAAUCUAAGUGUGAUGGAGAACAGCCGGUAUGCUCCAUUUGCAGUCAGGCCAACCGGGCCUGCACCUAUGAGACAGGUGGAGGUCGACGUGGGCUUCCAUCUGGCUAUGUGCGGAGCCUAGAGAUAUUUCUGGGUUCGAUGCUCAAGCAAUUUCCAAGUAGUGAGAGUACAAUGCAUACUCUACUUCGAGAUUCUCGGGGCAACGGCAAUAUUCUGACGAGCAAAGUUGCAAGCCAGUCGGUUUCAACUUGGCGAAAAUCCAAGCUCCAUCGCGAUAUAUCCCAAUUACUUACCUCUGGUUCUGAGGAUGGUUCUUUUGAUGAUACAGAGUGGGAGCCGGUGGAGCCGCGGGACAAUGAAGAUACCCUGGACGAUCAUGAUACCUCAUUAUUAAAUCCAGAACCUGGCAUUGUCGACACCGUUCAAGAGAUCCCAAAAGCAAUGAAACAGCCUCAUGAUUUUGCCGGAGUGCAAAUACCAGACAAUACAUCCGAUCUGGUGGACUUUUACUUCACCUACACCCAUUGCUGGUUUCCCAUACUUGAGCGACGUUCAGUUCUACGUGCGAUGCAUCAGGGCAAUGAUCAUAAUCCUGGAGAUUCCUCAUCUCGAAUGGUGCUAUGGUCAUUGAUCACAUAUACAUCUGCUAUGAAAGGAAUAUCCAACACUGGGACGCCACACUUAUUUUCUCUUCAGCUCGCCAUCGAGCAACAGGCUUUAGCACAUUGGGAAAGCCUGGACCUCGGUCACAUCCAGGCCAUGUUGAUUAUUGUCCUAGUGCAUAUAGCCAUGGGAAACAUCAGUCAGGCAUGGACCCUUGCUGGGCAAGCCACGAGAAUGCUAGCCACCUUACCCUUAUCAACAAGACAGCCUCGUUUCAAUCAUACAUUCCAAGGCUGUGUUCUUCUAGACAACAUUCUAUCGGCUCUCCUCGGUCGAACUCCCGGUUUUUCUCAAGAAGAACAAUUGGCAUGUGAUCUGGUUGAAGAAGAUGAUUUGGAGGAGUGGGAUGUCUGGUCUCCGUCUCGCCCUGCUGCGGACGCUACAGGACGGAGAAUACCGUCCACCCCCAUGCGAGCAUUGAGCACAUUCAAUCUUGUUCAGCAGCUCAUGCAAAGUUUAAGCCAAAUAUUAUAUCAGCCCUUAGAUCCUAUUCGUGUUAGGUAUCUUCUCGACGACUUACGACAAAAGCAAAGUAUCAUCUCACGAAGCCAUUCCUACAACAACAACAACAUACGAAAUCAUGCCAGCCCUCCUCUUUUGAUUCUUCACCUUACAUCAGCAUUUACAACACUUUCUCUGUGUCGUAGGUUUGAGCCAGUCUCACCUGCAAUGACAGAAUUAUGUUUGAGCACCAUUCAUCAUCUACUCGACACGCUUGAUCAUUAUCGAGAGAUAACCGGCACAGUCGGCUCUUCGCCUCUCACUCUUUGUUUUGCACUCCAAUGCCAAAAAUGUCUCGAUAUAUCGAGUUUCUCUGGAAAAGAAGAAUUACAGACACGCAUUUCUAAGUUCCUGUGUCCUCUCAAAACAUGCGACUAUGAAUGGACUAGUCACUUCCAACACCCAACCCCUCUUCCUUCGAUCGAACAAGGCACUCGGCUACCUGGGACUCACAGCGGCUCAAUACCCAUAUCUAGCAUUGAAAACAUACCCAACUCAUCUAACUUGACUGCUUUUCAGCCUCAGGACACCUCAUCGGGCGUGGGUCUGCCAACCCUCUCAGCAUCCGCCGAACUUUUUACACCGCACUCUGUCGGUAGAACGGGAGAUGUCGAAACAUAUGAUGCCCUGUUUGAGGAAAUGGUUAUUUCCUUUCCUGCUAGCAGGUUCAUUUUCCCUCACCCUACCAAUGUUAUUCCCCUGCUAAUAAUUCCAAGACAAGAGCCUUCCUUCGCCCAAAAUCUGGGUUUCUACGACGGAGACCUGGACACGGACUUCCUAGCCCAGCUACAACAGCUACCAACAGAAUAA